AAGCGGCGGCAGCCGGGGCCGUGUCCUUCUGUGCCGUGACGCCGGGGCGGCACCAUGGUGGACACGGCUUCGCAGGUGCUGCUGGGCUCGGGGCUCACCGUGCUCUCGCAGCCGCUUAUGUACGUGAAGGUGCUGGUACAGGUGGGCUACGAGCCGCUGCCGCCCACCCUGGGGAGGAACAUCUUCGGCCGCCAGGUAUACCAGCUGCCCGGCCUCUUCUCUUACGCCAAGCACAUCGUAAAGGUGGACGGGAGAGCGGGACUCUUCAAAGGCCUCGCCCCCCGCCUCUGCUCCAGCGCCAUCGGCACCGUGGUGCACAGCAAAGUGCUGCAGCGGUACCAGGAGGCUGAGCAGUCUGAGCCUGGAGUCAGCAAGAAGGUGUUCUCACUGGAGCAUGUGCUCAAGCAGACCUCCCAGGAGAUGGUCGCCCGCUCCGCCGCCACCCUCAUCACCCACCCUUUCCACGUGAUCACCCUACGCUGCAUGGUGCAGUUCAUCGGCCGUGAGACCAAGUACAGUGGGACACUAAGCGCCUUCACCACAAUCUACCAGGAAGAGGGAAUCCUGGGAUUCUUCGCCGGCCUCAUCCCGCGGCUCCUCGGGGACAUCCUCUCCCUGUGGCUGUGCAACAUGCUGGCCUACCUCAUCAACACAUACGCGCUGGAGAGCGGGGUCUCCACCAUGGCCGAGGUGAAUAGCUACUCCCACGCGGUCACUGGGUUCUUUGCUAGCAUGCUGACCUACCCCUUCGUCCUGGUCUCCAACCUGAUGGCUGUGAACAACUGCGGGUUGGCUGGGGGUCUCCUUCCUUAUGCACCCACCUACUCCUCCUGGCUGGAUUGCUGGAGCCAGCUGCACAGGGAGGGCAACAUGAGCCGAGGGAACAGCCUGUUCUUCCGCAAGGUUCCAGCAGGGAAGCGAUACGUGUGGGAGGAGCGGAGGUUCCGCUGAUUCCGGAGAUGGGAGUGGGAUUGUGGAGCCAAUGCUGGGCUCUGGAAGCAAAGAAUCAUGGAGAGUGAUGAUUUCUAUACAGUUUUUUAAAAAUCAUUUCCUGCUGAGAGCUGAA